AUGGCCGCCUCAAGCGGGCACUUGUCACCCGCUGAGGCAGCGCCGCCGACGCCGCAGCGUCCUACAAGCGCGCACAGCGACAUCUCGCACAAGUCCACCGUCCCCACCGUCGCGUCUUCUCUCGGCAACUUUCCGCAACACGGAGCAGCCAGCCGAUCCGACAGUCUGCAGCCGACGCGCACGACGAGCGGACGCAGCACACCGGCAGGAUAUCACAUGCGCGGCUCGCGACCAUCAUCCGUACGCGAUCCAAACGCGCAGCUCGACGACCUCUGCCAGAUCCCCGAGCGACCAGCCGCGGUACCUCCCCCGCCGCCAGUCGUCUCUCCAGCGUCAGAUGGGGAGGACGCGGCCGUGAAGCAGGCGAUGAAGAAGGGAUCAAAGAUCCUCCACAAGCGGCACCGUCGACGCAGCAACACCGCGGCAGAGUCCGAUGAGGACGAGGGUGAGGGCAGCGAACCUGUUUCGCGGAAACACCGGCUGCGGCGGGAGAUGGAGUUGUUUGAGCGGCAGAAGCAGGAAGCACAACAGCAGCUUGCGGAGCGCGCCGACCAGGUUAUCGACGUGUACGACGGUGACGAGCAGAUAACGUCUGCAGUUGAGGUACCCGAGGUGGAGCGGCCGCCGAAGCCACUCUACGUUUGGGAAGUCAUGUACGAGAACCAGCGCGGCAUGAGUCUCUUCGGCAAGAAGUGGUAUAGCGCGAACUCUUUGCUGCCAUCGGACCCCACGGCGUACACGCUGCCGACUGAGUUGCCGGGUGUGACGACGGUCUCGGCUUCGGAGCGGACCAAGCGGGCGAAACUGGCGCGUCUGAGAGGCCAUGCGCGAGGGCGGAGUACUUCGACGAGCGCGAUCCCGGACAGCCGAGACACCUCCAGCUCGUCCGCGGACACCAAGGCGUCCCAGCCGCUGGCGCACAAGCGCAAGACGAACGAUACGGGUUACGAUCUGAAGACGUAUCAGACACCAUCGCCAGAGUGGAUCUGGCUCACACCGUGGAUGGUGAACAUGCGCCUGGACGCCGACGAGCAGGGGUUCCGGUACAACCUCUGGUUCCACCGGCGAGGGUGGCGAUCGCACGCAGGCCGGUUGAACUGGUGGGGUUGGGUGCGGCGGCGCGAGUGGCUGCGGUUGCGCGUACUCCUCCCUUCGACCAAGCUGGAACGGGAGGUGGAAGGUAUCGAGGGCAGCGCAAAGGAGUGGCCGGCGACGCUGGACGAGGUCAUGGCCCGCCCGCACCCCGUGCGCGCAAUGGUGAAGUUACUCGUCGUAGAGCUUCUCGAUCGGGAGCGUCUCGAAUGCUUCUUCCAAUGGUGGGACGAUGGGUCGGAAGAGGCCCGGCUGGCGCUCAAGGGGGAGCUCGAGGACUAUGAUAACCUCGACCUGCUCUCCAAGGCCUUUGUAUUUGCGCACUCGCGCCGCGUCUUCCUGACGCACCUCGUGACGCAAAAGGUGGUCACGAAGGGACAGGCGGACGCGAUCCUCGGCCGGCUCUUCGAGCCCCUGUCGCCGAGCGGGUCGGCCGCGGCGUCGCCCGCCGCACGCCCACGAUCAUUGAGGUCAGCGCCUUCAGACUCGUCAUCUGACUCUUCCGCAGCGCUACCGAAUUCGCCCCAAGUCACGCCAACGCAAACACAAGCACAAGCGGCACCUCCGCCAGCAAAUGAGCAACAGCAGCGCCCAGAGUAUCGCCGCUCGCCGGCGAGCUCGUUCUCCUCCCCUCCCACGCCUCUGACGCCGACGUUUCGGACCCCAGAACACCGCCACUUUCCCUUCAACUUUGUGCCGGCGCGCACGAAGCAGGAGCCGGAAGACCGCGAGCCCUCGCUGAAGGAACCGAGCGAGGGCGAUGUAGACUAG